ACAAGUACUUCCGCUCGGGGCGGCGGCGGUGGCGGAAGUGGGAGCGGAGCCGGAGUCUUGGCCAUAAAGCCCAAGGCGGCGGCAGCGGCGGCGUUGAAGGUUUGUGGAGUGCCGAGGUGUCCGCUGGAACCGGAACUUGGACUUCUCUUCAGCCCCUGUGCUCCCUUGUACUUCCUCCUCGGCGGGAGCCCUAGCGACGCGCCCGGCCCGGAGCCCCAAGCGGAGCGGCCGCGUGGCAGUACCAUACAGCGUUGCCUAGGUUUCCCUGUUUGGGACUUCUGGGUCGUGUGUCCAUUGAGUGGUGGGAGUUACCUUUUUGACAUCUAACCUGAACAGUUUGAAGGAUGACCUCUAGGAAGAAAGUGUUGCUGAAGGUUAUCAUCCUGGGAGAUUCUGGAGUUGGUAAGACAUCACUCAUGAACCAGUAUGUGAACAAGAAGUUCAGUAAUCAGUACAAAGCUACAAUAGGAGCAGACUUUCUGACAAAGGAGGUGAUGGUGGAUGACAGACUAGUUACAAUGCAGAUCUGGGACACAGCAGGCCAGGAGCGGUUCCAGUCCCUUGGUGUGGCCUUCUACAGAGGCGCAGACUGCUGCGUUCUGGUGUUUGACGUUACUGCCCCCAACACAUUCAAAACUCUCGAUAGCUGGAGAGAUGAGUUUCUCAUCCAGGCCAGUCCCCGGGAUCCUGAAAAUUUCCCCUUCGUUGUGUUGGGAAACAAGAUUGACCUCGAAAACAGACAAGUGGCCACAAAGCGGGCACAGGCCUGGUGCUACAGCAAAAACAACAUUCCCUACUUCGAGACCAGUGCCAAGGAGGCCAUCAAUGUGGAGCAGGCGUUCCAGACAAUUGCACGGAAUGCACUUAAACAGGAAACAGAGGUGGAGCUGUACAAUGAAUUCCCCGAGCCCAUCAAACUGGACAAGAACGACCGGGCUAAGGCCUCGGCGGAGAGCUGCAGUUGCUGAAGGGGCAGUGAGAGCAGAGCGCAGAGUCCUUCACAAACAAAGAACACACUUAGGCCUUCCAACACAAGCCCCCUGUCCUCUUCCAAACAAAACAUAAAGUCAUCUCUCGAAUCCAGCUGCCAAAAGAAACCCCAUCAAACACACCCUUACACACACACACACACACACACACACAGCCCUGACA